AUGGCGUAUUGCAAUGGGUAUGAAAAUGCCAUUUGGGAAAACAGAAUUGAUGCAGAUGUUUGCGGCUCUCAGUGGAAAAAACUAGGAUCUUGGUUUAUAGGGACGUCAGGUGAAAAUGAGAGGGAAUUUCUUGAAUUAGCUUUGAAUACACUUCAACAAAAUAUCAAACCACGAAAAUACUUCCCAGAAGAUCCAUUACUUAUUACCCCUGAGGUGAAAUCUUCAGCUAUUUAUAGAGAUGAAAUGACUAAACUGAAGGUGGAACUGAAGUUUCUGAAUGAGACAUUGGCUGAAUCCAUUCCGUACUCCAGUAUCCGGUACCAGGGUCAUAUGGUCUCUAACACAACGAUACCAGCCAAAUUAGGAUUUCUGUCUGCCUGGAUGACGAAUGCAAACAAUGCGUGCGGAGAGACUGGUCCAGUGACAAUACAACUGGAGAAGGAGGUUGGGAAACAAUUGUGUGACUUGAUUGGCUUUGACGUGUCACAGUGUCCAAGAGGAUACAUCACAAGUGGUGGAUCAUCGGCCAAUAUCGAAGGUUUAUGGGCGUCCAGAAAUGUAAAGUUCUUCCCUUUGGCAGUCCAAAAAGCUAUGCGGGAAGAACCAACUUUUGCAGAUGUAAAGGAUCUAAGGGUGUAUAUUCCCAGAUUGGAUAGAAAACAGAAGUUGAUAGCCUCCUCUACAUGGGACCUUCUGAACCUUAACCUUGAUGACGUCAUAUCUUUACCACAAGAAAUUGAGCGUCUGACAGGCAAAGACCACACUUAUUUUCAAGGUGAUAUAAACAAGUACGGUAUGGCUUACAAAGGAUUUGUCGAGUUCUUCCGACUGCACGACUUGAGAACCGAACCGGUAGUUAUGACCUCUGCUGCCAACCACUUUUCCUGGGAUAAGGCAGCGACACUUUUGGGGAUUGGAGGAAGUCAUCUGGUGUGUGUUCCCUUCGACCGUAAUGCUAGAAUGGAUAUGGAAGCUCUGCAGAAACGUCUAGAAGAAUGUUUAGUGAAGAAGGUCCCGAUUAUUGCCUUGAUAUGUGUAAUCGGCACGACAGAGCACGGAGCUGUGGAUCCUGUUGAAGAGAUUCUGAACUUGAGAGCAGAGUAUAGGAAAAAAGGCCUAAAUUUCUACCUGUUAGCUGAUGGAGCUUGGGGUGGUUAUUACGCGACCCUGAUGAGAAAGUCAGAGGAGAAAAACCACUUGUUACCAGCCUUUCCUAUCAGUAAUUACGUCUGCAAACAACUCUCCUGCUUAAAGGAUGUAGAUACAGUAACCAUUGAUCCCCACAAGACAGGAUAUUGUCCCUAUCCGGCUGGAGGUAUUUGUUACCGGAACGGAAAAAUGAAGUCAACCUUGGCUAUUGCUACUGAUAUGCUGCAUGGUACGGGCAAUACGAAUAGUCAUUGUUAUGGACUCGAGACUUCGAAACCAGGGGCAGCCGCAGCUGGUGUCUACCUGGCUCACAAGGUGAUCGGUCUGCACAGUUCUGGAUAUGGACGAAUUCUAGGACAGUCAAUCCUCGGCGCCAAACUGUUCUACUGCGCAUGGCUAACAGCAGCCAAUCCUGAUGACGAAUUUGUUUGUGUUCCUUUGAUCCCGAUUCCGGAGGCUUAUGAUGAGGAAAAAGCGAUGAAAUUUAUCCGUGAAAGAAUUUUACGUUCAUCUUAUGAGGAUAUAGUUCUGGAUACCGAGACGAUGGAUUUCCUUUCGGAGAUAGGUCCUGAUUUAUCCGUCAAUGCCUUCGCCGUUAAUGUCAAGGGUAACGCGUGUGUCGUCAAAUGUAACCGUCUAAACAUGGCCGUAUUCAACAGACUGUCACACACAGAUCCCAAACAAAGAAGUGUUUGUGACGUGCCACUGUUCCUGACAAAAUCGAGACUUUCCCAGAAAGAAUGUAGCACGAUAUUGGGAAAUUUUAAAGAACGUCUAGGGGUAUCAAAAGAAACAGAGGACGUUCUUGUCUUCCUAAAGAACACGGUUAUGAACCCCUGGACGGCGGCUGACCAGACAAUUCAGAUGCUGGUGCGACAUUUCCGACAAGUGGUCACUCAAUGCAUCGCAGAGAUUAACCAGACGGAAUAA